GCCCCCUUCCCUGUAGGCAGCCGGCCCGGCAGCCCGCGCGUCCGCACUGCCUGCCUCCCGGCCCCUGGCGCUCGGGCUGGGUCUCUCCCCCGCCCCCAGGCUCCCCCGAUCGCUCUCCUCAGGCGGUCGCCGGCGCUCGGUGGAUGUGGCUGGCAGCCGCCGCCCCCUCCCUCGCUCGCCGCCUGCUCUUCCUCGGCCCUCCGCCUCCUCCCCUCCUCCUUCUCCUCCUCAGCCGCUCCUCUCGCCGCCGCCGCCUCCACAGCCUGGGCCUCGCCGCGAUGCCGGAGAAGAGGCCCUUCGAGCGGCUGCCUGCCGACGUCUGCCCCAUCAAUUACAGCCUUUGCCUCAAGCCCGACUUGCUGGACUUCACCUUCGAGGGCAAGCUGGAGGCAUCCGCCCAGGUGAGGCAGGCAACCAAUCAGAUUGUGAUGAAUUGUGCUGAUAUUGACAUUAUUACAGCUUCAUAUGUACCAGAAGGAGAUGAAGAUACUGCUUCUGCUCCAUUCUGUCCUCUCAUCUGCGCUCCUGAGAUUCCAGUUAAAGCCUUCCAGCUCUCCUGCCUGGAGACAAAGUUGUCAGAAAUACAUGCUACAGGAUUUAACUAUCAGAAUGAAGAUGAAAAAGUCACCUUGUCUUUUCCUAGUACUCUCCAACCAGGUACAGGAACUUUAAAGAUAGAUUUUGUUGGAGAGCUGAAUGAUAAAAUGAAAGGUUUCUAUAGAAGUAAAUAUACUACCCCUUCUGGAGAGGUGCGCUAUGCUGCUGUCACACAGUUUGAGGCUACUGAUGCCCGGAGAGCUUUUCCUUGCUGGGAUGAGCCUGCCAUCAAAGCAACUUUUGAUAUCUCACUGGUUGUUCCUAAAGACAGAGUAGCUUUAUCAAACAUGAAUGUAAUUGAUCGGAAACCAUAUCCUGAUGAUGAAAAUGUAGUGGAAGUGAAGUUUGCUCGCACACCUGUCAUGUCUACGUAUCUGGUGGCAUUUGUUGUGGGUGAAUAUGACUUUGUAGAAACAAGGUCAAAAGAUGGUGUGUGUGUCCGUGUUUACACCCCUGUUGGCAAAGCAGAGCAAGGAAAAUUUGCGUUAGAGGUUGCUGCUAAAACUCUGCCUUUUUAUAAGGACUACUUCAAUGUUCCUUAUCCUCUACCUAAAAUUGAUCUCAUUGCUAUUGCAGACUUUGCAGCUGGUGCCAUGGAGAACUGGGGCCUUGUUACUUAUAGGGAGACUGCAUUGCUUAUUGAUCCAAAAAACUCCUGUUCUUCAUCACGCCAGUGGGUUGCCCUGGUUGUGGGACAUGAACUCGCCCAUCAAUGGUUUGGAAAUCUUGUUACUAUGGAAUGGUGGACUCAUCUUUGGUUAAAUGAAGGCUUCGCAUCAUGGAUUGAAUAUCUGUGUGUAGACCACUGCUUCCCAGAGUAUGAUAUCUGGACUCAGUUUGUUUCUGCUGAUUACACACGUGCCCAGGAGCUUGAUGCUUUAGAUAACAGCCAUCCUAUUGAAGUCAGUGUGGGCCAUCCUUCUGAAGUUGACGAGAUAUUUGACGCUAUAUCAUAUAGCAAAGGUGCAUCUGUCAUCCGAAUGCUACAUGACUACAUUGGGGAUAAGGACUUUAAGAAAGGAAUGAACAUGUAUUUAACCAAGUUUCAACAAAAGAAUGCUGCCACAGAGGAUCUCUGGGAAAGUUUAGAAAAUGCCAGUGGUAAACCUAUAGCCGCUGUGAUGAAUACCUGGACCAAACAAAUGGGAUUCCCUCUCAUUUACGUGGAAGCGGAACAGAUAGAAGAUGACAGACUACUGAGGUUGUCCCAAAGGAAGUUCUGUGCCAGUGGACCAUAUGUUGGAGAAGACUGUCCCCAGUGGAUGGUUCCUAUCACAAUCUCUACUAGUGAAGAUUCCAGCCGUGCCAAAAUGAAGAUUCUAAUGGACAAGCCAGAGAUGAGUGUAGUUUUAAAAGAUGUCAAACCAGACCAGUGGGUGAAGUUAAACCUGGGAACCGUUGGGUUUUAUCGGACCCAAUACAGCUCAGCCAUGCUGGAAAGUUUAUUACCAGGCAUUCGUGACCUUUCUCUGCCCCCUGUGGAUCGACUUGGAUUACAGAAUGACCUCUUCUCCUUGGCUCGAGCUGGAAUCAUUAGCACUGUAGAGGUUCUAAAAGUCAUGGAGGCUUUUGUGAAUGAGCCCAAUUAUACUGUAUGGAGCGACCUGAGCUGUAACCUGGGGAUUCUCUCAACUCUCUUGUCCCACACAGACUUCUAUGAGGAAAUCCAGGAGUUUGUGAAAGAUGUCUUUUCACCUAUAGGGGAGAGACUGGGCUGGGACCCCAAGCCUGGAGAAGGUCAUCUAGAUGCACUCCUGAGGGGCUUGGUUCUGGGCAAACUAGGGAAGGCAGGACAUAAGGCAACGUUAGAAGAAGCCCGUCGUCGGUUUAAGGACCAUGUGGAAGGGAAACAGAUUCUCUCCGCUGAUUUGAGGAGUCCGGUCUAUCUGACUGUUUUGAAGCAUGGUGAUGGCACUACCUUAGACAUUAUGCUGAAGCUUCACAAACAAGCAGAUAUGCAGGAAGAGAAAAACCGGAUUGAAAGAGUCCUUGGGGCUACUCUUUCACCUGAAUUGAUUCAAAAAGUCCUCACGUUUGCACUUUCAGAAGAGGUACGUCCACAGGACACUGUAUCAGUAAUUGGUGGAGUGGCUGGAGGCAGUAAGCAUGGAAGGAAGGCUGCUUGGAAAUUCAUAAAAGACAACUGGGAAGAACUUUAUAAUCGAUACCAGGGAGGAUUCUUAAUAUCUAGACUAAUAAAGCUAUCAGUUGAGGGAUUUGCAGUUGAUAAAAUGGCUGGAGAAGUUAAGGCUUUCUUCGAGAGUCACCCAGCUCCUUCAGCUGAGCGUACCAUCCAGCAGUGUUGUGAAAAUAUCCUGCUGAAUGCUGCUUGGCUAAAGCGUGAUGCUGAGAGCAUCCACCAGUACCUCCUUCAGCGAAAGGCGUCACCACCCACAGCGUGAACCCCGGAGCAUGCCGCCACUGCGGUUCUGCUGCUUCAUGCAGGGAUAAGGUGGAGCAACCGAACAGCUGAUUCAUAUGCCAAGAAUUUGGAGUCUUCUUUCAAGCCAGUGGGGGUUGGACAAUGAAUGUAGUUAACUGGUUCCUGCUCACACUCCAGAAUUAAAUUCUAUUGAAAAAGGAAAAUCAGCAAUUCAGCAAAAAAAAUAAAAAAUAAAAAAAUGUAAAUAUGAUAGUAAUAAAAUAGAGCAUAACGAAACUGUGAAACUUCCUGAAGCCUUGUCAGUGGUUAAAAGUAUUUAACACUCUCCUGUUAAUGACAGAUGUUCUGUUUUUAUAACCUACCAAAAGGAAACUAGAGACUUCUGGGUAAAGAGGAUUUUUGUGAAAUGGGUUCUACAAGCAGCCUACAAGCCAAGGGUAGUGUCCAUUGCUGGGGAUGUUAAACAUGAAAGGCUGAUAGCUGGUAUAACAUAGAGUCUGUGCAUAAUCUCAAGUGGGUUUUUUUUUUUUUUUUUUUUUUUUUUUUGGCAUGGGGACUGAUCAGGAAGAUAUAUUUUCCUGCAUAACUCAAUCUGAACCAAGGAUUGUAGUUUUCCUCCUUGCUUUCCCUUCUGUGUGACCCCUUGGCAAAAAAAAAAAAAAAAAAAAAAAAGUUUAAAAAAAGCAACCUAUCCUGGUCUGGGUUUUUUCCUCCCCUAGUUCCAUCCCCAACCCACCACCCCGGUGUCCUUCUUAGAGAUAAAGAAAUAAUAAGGAAACAUCUUUUAUAGCCACAUUAAAUAAGAGAAACUGAUAUACAUUAUUUUUUUCUUUCUUUUUUAAGAUGACUUUUAAGAACCCUGAAAUGCAUAUAGGUGAGACAAUAGAAAUGAAAGGUUUUCAUCCAGGCCUUUCUGAAGGAGUUACUCUGCUGCAAAUGGUCUUAGUUGUCUGACAGGCCAACUGUUGAAUCUCUUUAUGACAGUAUCAACACUGGCUUCUUCUGGUUCAUUUCGGGCAUGUAAGAAGUCAUUGGUAACUGCUGCAGGGCCUGUAUAUUAGUGGUAACUGGUUUUAAAAACAACAAAGACUAUAAGCCUGUGUGUGCCACUCUGCUUCCACAGUGUAUCCUACUAACAAGCCUCACCAACCUAAUCCAGUAAAUUUUAAGUCUAAAUCUCAUUCCUUUCCUCUUUCCCUACCUUUUUUCUUUUCUUUUUCUUAAAAAAAAAUAUUUUUGUGUGUUAUUAACAGGAAUUCAUAUUUGGUGUGGCUUAACUGUAUUUCAGAAGGUCAUCAGAUUGUGAGACUGCUUCCUUGAAACAUUUUUGUGCUAUUGUUUUAAAAAAAAAUAAUUAAAAAACAGUUGGCGUUAAUAAAAAUGUCAAUGUGAAAUAGAUGUCCUGAUGUCCUUUAUUCUCUCUGAUAAGCAACUAAAACCUUUCCUGUCAUUCAGUAGGAUUAUAAGAAGUUUUACUACCAUAGGAUUUUUUUUGAGUCUGAGAAAAUCCAGUUGCUGAAUUCCUAAUGAAUAGUACCUAACCAGAGAAAUCCUAAGAGUCCUCCUAAAUUAGUUCUGGGUUAACUCAGAAGUCUCUUAGAGUCAGCAUUCAGGAGUUAACUUGAGCCUGCCAGUUCCCAUUUAUUGAGGCUUCCUUUUAUCUAGGCAUGUGCCAUUGGCAAAGCAGGGGCAUCAAAAAGAAAUUCUGCUUUAGUUAAAGAACUCACAAUCAAAUUCUGGAAAGAAGUUAUUUUACUUUCAGCAUACAUGCAAGUUUUGUGUAUACUGGUUUAGCAGUUUGAAUUGUGUUGGGGAAAAGGUUGCGCUAGGUAUCUUCCGCUUCCUCUUUAGAACUGCUUUUCAUCCUGCUCUGCGUCCCAGGAGGUAUUGACCCCCAUGGACUGCAUUAACAGGCUCCUUUGCCCUCUGACUUCAGGUUGUGUUGAUCCAAUUAGUUACACCCUCAGAAGAUCAAAAGGCUGAGGAAUGGAUAUUUAGAAGCUAGGGUAUUUAUUCCCCUGGCUUCUAAACUGCCAGGUCACAUAGGUUGUCUUGAGUCCCUCAACCAAGGACUGCGACUCCUAUCAAGCAGCCUCUCUAGCUUCUCGCUCCUUCUCUUUGGCCCUUCAGAUCUAGGGAUAGAAAGGACCACUCAUUUACUAGCUCUGGAUAACUCCAUUAUUCCUUGUUGGUUUCUCUGAACUCUGCCCAUGUCUUUGUAAACAGUCCCUUUAUUAAACCUUUCUCAAAUUA